AUACCUUGUUUUGGUUGGCCACUGUUGUCUUGGGUCGUAAACAGGACAAGUUUGGUUCUUAACGGCCAGAGAAGAGCAACAAGGGGCUUGUUUUAUUGGCGGGAAGGAAACGCUAGCCACAGAAAGCAGUGAAAAUCAUUUAUCCAGUGCCAGGAAGUGAAAAAAUAGUGCUACAGUAUAUGAUUGUGGGACACUGAGAGAUCACUCACUCCGUUGCUGGCAACCAUGAGACUCGUAGUCUGUUUUCUUUCUCUGCUCGCUGUGUUCGGUCCUGCAGAAUGUGGGAAUGUUUUAGUUUGGUUUUCUGAUGGCAGUCACUGGAUUAAUCUGAAGAUUGUGUUGGAAACGUUGAUUGAAAGGGGACACAGUGUCACAGUCCUGGUGCCGGAUGCCUCUCUCUUCAUGCAUGCCAAAGAAUCAGAUCGCUUCUCCUACCAGCGCUUCAAUGUGUCUAUAUCUGCACAGGACAUAGAGGACUCCUUUGAGAAUUUUUUACAUUUCUCAAUGUAUGAGAUGGAACAGUUAAACUUGCUGCAAAUUUAUAUCAAAUUCUACCAGCUUUUCUCCAAAGAUCUAGAUUUGUGUUUUGCAUACUGUGAUGGUACUCUGAAGUCUCCAGAGCUGAUGGACAAAUUGCAGCAUGGGAAGUUUGACGUCAUGCUGUCAGAUCCGCUCUAUCCAUGCAGCGAGGCUUUAGCUGAAAAGCUGAACAUUCCCUUAGUUUACACAUUACGGUUCUCUAUCGCUGACACUUUAGAGCGGAUGUGUGGUCAGAUGCCAGCUCCACCAUCAUUUGUUCCUGGAACAAUGAGUAAACUCACAGACAAGAUGAGCUUCACAGAGCGAAUCAAAAACAUGCUCUUCUACCUUUCUCAAGAUGCUUUGGCCAUUAUUCUGUGGAAAAAAAUCGACAACUAUUACACUGAAUAUUUUGGACGACACACUUCCUAUUGUGAGAUGAUGGGUAAAGCUGAUAUCUGGUUAAUCAGAACCUACUGGGAUUUUGAGUUUCCACGCCCAUUCCUGCCCAACUUCAAAUACAUUGGAGGCCUUCACUGCUCCCCUUCCAAACCAUUACCCAAGGACAUGGAGGAGUUUGUGCAGAGCUCAGGGGAUGAUGGGAUUGUGGUCUUCACUCUGGGGUCCUUGGUGAACAACAUGACCAAAGACAGGAGCAAUACGAUCGCCUCAGCACUGGCACAGAUUCCACAGAAGGUUUUAUGGCGAUAUGGUGGAGAGAAGCCAGAUACUCUUGGUGAAAACACCAGAAUUUAUAAGUGGAUCCCUCAGAAUGAUUUAUUGGGUCACCCCAAAACCAGAGCAUUCAUCACUCAUGGAGGCACUAAUGGCAUUUAUGAGGCCAUAUAUCAUGGCGUUCCAAUGGUCGGGAUCCCCUUGUUUGGUGACCAGCCUGAUAAUUUGAUACAUAUGAAGGCCAAAGGUGCUGCUGUUAUCAUGGACUUCAACAGAAUGCAGAUUCAAGACCUGGUGGAUGGACUCAGUGCCGUCAUUAAUGAUCCCUCGUAUAAAGAGAACGCUAUGCGUUUGUCCAGGAUUCAUCAUGACAGACCAGUAAAGCCUUUGGAUGAGGCUGUGUUCUGGAUUGAGUUUGUCAUGCGCAAUAAAGGCGCUAAACACCUGCGUGUCGAGGCUCACAACCUUACCUGGUACCAGUACCACUGUCUGGAUGUGUUCGCUUUUCUCAUCACUAUCCUGACUGUAGUCCUCUACGUCUUCUUUAAAAUGUGCAAAUUCUUCAUAAUGCGUUGCUGUUUUAGAUCAAAGAGGAAAAAAAGCAAAAAAGACACUCAGUUGCUGGUAAUCAUGAGACUCAUAAUCUGUGUUGUUUAUCUUGCUGUGUUCGGUCCUGCACAAUGUGGGAAUAUUUUAGUUUGGCCUACUAGAGGCAGUCACUGGAUCAAUCUGAAGAUCAUUUUGGAAACGGUGAUUGACAAGGGACACAAUGUCACAGUUCUGGUGCCGAAUCCCUCUCCCUUCAUGGAUACCAAAGAAUCGGAUCGCUUCUCCUACCAGUACUUCAGUGUGUCCAUGACCACACAGGACAUGCAAGACUUCCUUAAUGAACUGGUACAUUUCUCAGUAUAUGAGACUGAUCAGUUAAACUUACUGCAGAUUCAGAUUAAAUUCUACGAGCUUGCUUCCAAACAUCAGGAUAUGGCUUUGUUAUAUUGUGACGGUAUUCUGCAAUCACCAGAGUUGAUGGACAAAUUGCGGAAUGGAAAGUAUGAUGUUGUUCUUUCAGAUCCGCACUUCCUGUGCAGCGAUAUUGUGGCUGAAAAGCUGAGCGUUCCCUUGGUUUACACGUUCCAGUUCUCCAUUGCUCACGUCUUAGAGCGUAUGUGUGGUCAAAUACCAUCUCCACCAUCAUUUGUUCCUGCAGGCAUGAUUAAACUCACAGACAAGAUGAGCUUCACAGAGCGAAUCAUCAAUAUGCUGUUUUACCUUUCUCAAGAUGCCUUUGCCAUUUUGGUGUGGAAAAGAAUGGACAGCUAUUACACUGAAUAUUUUGGACGGCCCACUUCCUAUUGUGAGAUGAUGGGUAAAGCUGAUAUCUGGUUAAUCAGAAACUACUGGGAUUUUGAGUUUCCACACCCAUUCCUGUCCAACUUCAAAUACGUUGGAGGGCUUCACUGCACCCCUGCCAAACCAUUACCCAAGGACAUGGAGGAGUUUGUACAGAGCUCAGGGGAUGAUGGGAUUGUGGUCUUCACUCUGGGGUCUAUGAUAGACAAAAUGCCUAAAGAGACGAGCAAUAUGAUCGCCUCAGCACUGGCACAGAUUCCACAGAAGGUCUUAUGGCGAUAUGGCGGAGAGAAGCCAGAUACUCUUGGUGAAAACACCAAAACUUAUAAGUGGAUCCCUCAGAAUGAUUUAUUGGGUCAUCCUAAAACCAGAGCAUUCGUCACUCAUGGAGGCAUUAAUGGCAUUCAUGAGGCCAUAUAUCAUGGAGUUCCAAUGGUCGGGAUCCCCUUGUUUGGUGACCAGACUGAUAAUUUAGCUCAUAUGAAGGCAAAAGGAGCUGCUGUUGUUAUGGACAACAUCAAAACUACUCAGCCACAAGACCUGGUGGAUGGACUCAAUGCCAUCAUUAAUAACCCCUCGUAUAAGGAGAAUGCUAUGCGUUUGUCCAGGAUUCAUCAUGACAGACCAGUAAAGCCUUUGGAUGAGGCUGUGUUCUGGAUUGAGUUUGUCAUGCGCAAUAAAGGCGCUAAACACCUGCGUGUCGAGGCCCACAAUCUUACCUGGUACCAGUACCACUGUCUGGAUGUGUUCGCUUUUCUCAUCACUAUCCUGACUGUAGUCCUCUACGUCUUCUUUAAAAUGUGCAAAUUCUUCAUAAUGCGUUGCUGUUUUAGAUCAAAGAGUAAAAGCAAAAAAGAGUAAUGAAGCUUUUUCCUUGCUUUGAA